UCCUCAUCUCUCACCCCCUCCCAUGGCGCUCGCCGCCGGCGCCGGCGCCGCCGCUGCGCCCUCUCUCCCCUCCUCCCCUUCCAUCCUCCUCGUAUCCUCCGUCAAUACCGCGCCAGGAAUCUGCCCCAGCAGCUCCAAACGAUCCCCGGUCUACAGCGCCUGGUCCAAGCGGCGGUCUCCUCCUGCUCGUGCUCCUCUCUCCUGCGCCGCCUCCACCGCCCCCGUCUCGGCAGCCGCUGCGGAGAAGGGUGCUUCGUGGAGGGAUCUAUGCAGCCUCAACGCCUGGGUGGUGCAGGACUACCGCCGCCUCGUGGGCGCGGUUGGGGCGCUCGAGCCGCGGCUCCGGGGGCUCCCCGACGAGCGGCUCAGGGCGAAGACGGACGAGUUCCGCGCCCGCCUCGCCCGUGGGGAGACGCUCGCCGACGUCCAAGCAGAGGCGUUCGCUGUGGUGAGAGAGGCCGCGAGGAGGACGCUCGGCAUGCGCCACUUUGAUGUCCAGAUAAUUGGUGGUGCUGUACUGCAUGAUGGGUGCAUUGCGGAGAUGAAGACUGGCGAGGGGAAGACGCUUGUGUCUACUUUAGCGGCGUAUCUCAAUGCGCUCACAGGCGAAGGCGUUCAUGUUGUGACUGUAAAUGAUUAUUUGGCACAACGAGAUGCUGAGUGGAUGGGUCGUGUGCAUCGCUUUCUUGGUCUUUCCGUGGGUCUAAUUCAGGCUGGUAUGAAGGCUGAUGAGAGAAGAGCAAACUAUAUGUGCGACAUUACAUACACUAACAACUCGGAGCUUGGAUUUGACUAUCUUCGUGACAACUUAUCACGGAGCAAAGAACAACUAGUUAUGAGAUGGCCAACACCAUUCCAUUUUGCAAUUGUGGAUGAAGUGGACUCGGUGCUUAUUGAUGAGGGAAGAAACCCAUUGUUAAUAAGUGGAGAGGAUAAUAGAGAUGCGGCACGGUAUCCAGUAUCUGCUAAAGUUGCAGACCUUCUCAUGGAGGGCGUUCAUUAUACAGUUGAACUAAAGGGCAACAAUAUAGAUCUAACAGAGGAGGGAGUUACUUGUGCUGAGAUGAUUCUUGGGACAAAUGAUCUGUGGGAUGAGAAUGAUCCUUGGGCAAGAUUUGUAAUGAAUGCAUUGAAGGCCAAAGAGUUUUACCGUAGGGAUGUCCAAUAUAUUGUGAGGGAUGGUAAAGCUCUCAUAAUUAAUGAGCUAACUGGCCGAGUUGAACCAAAAAGAAGGUGGUCUGAUGGUAUUCAUCAAGCAGUAGAAGCAAAAGAAGGCCUCAAAAUUCAGGCAGAUUCAGUAAUCGUGGCUCAGAUUACAUAUCAAUCUUUGUUUAAGCUCUAUCCUAAGCUCUCUGGGAUGACAGGGACAGCUAAAACAGAGGAAAAGGAAUUUCUGAAGAUGUUUAAGAUCCCCGUUAUUGAAGUGCCCACAAAUCUGCCAAAUAUACGGGUGGACUUGCCUAUCCAAGCUUUUGCAACUGCAAGAGGUAAAUGGCAAUAUGUCCGGGCAGAGGUAGAGUCCAUGUUUCAUUUGGGUCGUCCAGUUUUAGUUGGCACUACAAGUGUUGAAAGUUCAGAGUACUUGUCAGAUCUUCUUAAAGAUCACAAUAUUCCUCACAAUGUCCUUAAUGCGAGGCCAAAGUAUGCUGCAAGAGAAGCUGAAAUUGUUGCACAAGCUGGAAGGAAACAUGCUAUUACAAUUUCAACUAACAUGGCUGGCAGAGGAACAGAUAUUAUUUUAGGUGGUAACCCUAAGAUGCUUGCAAAAGAAAUUAUAGAAGAUAAUGUACUUCCAUUUCUUACCCAUGAACCCCCAGAUGUUGAAACCGUAGGCGAAUCAACAUCCCACAAGGGUCUCUCCAAGAUUAAACUUGGGCCAUCAUCCCUAGGCCUUCUUGCUAAAGCUGCAAUCAUAGCGAAAUAUGUUCAUAGAAGUGAAAGAAAUGAAUGGUCUUUUCAAAAGGCCAAAUCCACUAUUGCCGAAUUUGUAGAAAUGAGUCAUACAAUUGGGAUGGAGAAACUGCAAGAUCGCUUGUCUGAAGAGUCUGAGAUGUAUCCUCUUUGUGAUACAAUAGGACUUGCUUAUCUUACUGUCUUGAGGGAUUGCGAAAUUCAUUGUUCUGCUGAAGGUACUGAGGUGAAGGCAUUAGGGGGGCUCCAUGUAAUAGGAACUUCUUUGCAUGAAUCACGCAGAAUAGACAACCAAUUGCGUGGCAGAGCUGGCAGGCAAGGUGAUCCUGGGUCAACAAGGUUUAUGGUUAGCUUACAAGAUGAAAUGUUCCAGAAAUUCAAUUUGGACACUGAGUGGGCUGUCAGACUUAUAUCAAGGAUAACAAAUGAUGAAGACAUAGCUAUUGAGAGCAAUGCUGUAGUAAAACAGCUUCUAGGUCUUCAAAUCAAUGCAGAGAAGUAUUAUUUUGGCAUAAGGAAAAGUCUAGUUGAGUUUGAUGAAGUCUUGGAGGUCCAAAGAAAGCACAUUUAUAACCUUAGACAGGUGAUAUUAUCAGGUGACUCAGAAAGCCUAAGUGAGCAAAUCUUUCAGUACAUGCAAGCUGUAGUUGAUGAUGUUAUCCUAGUAAAUGUUGAUCCCCAGAAGCCUCCUAACACGUGGAAGUUGGCAAGCCUUUUGGAUGAGUUUGUCAGUCUAGGUGGAACAUUACUUAAUGAACCAUUCAAAGAAAUUCAAGAGAAAGACAUACUAUCAUCACUUGAGCAAAUUCAUGGAUGUGGUCCUGUGAAUGUUGAUAAUUUUACUCUUCCAAAUAUGCCAAUGUCACCUAAUUUAUUCAGAGGUAUCCAUAAGAGAGCAUCUUCAAUGAUGCGGUGGCUUACCAUUUGUGUUGAUGAUUCAUCGAAGAAAGGGAGAUACACUUACAUUGUCAAUGUACUUCGCAAAUAUUUUGGAGAUUUUCUAAUAGCUACAUACUUGGAUGCUGUGCAAGAGUCUCGUUAUGAUGAUGCAUACAUUCGAGGAAUUGAGAGGGAAAUACUUCUAAAGACUCUUGAUACUCUGUGGAAGGACCAUUUGGUGAACAUGAACAAGCUUAGUUCUGCGGUGAAUGUUCGGAGCUUUGGACAUAGAAACCCUUUAGAAGAAUACAAGAUUGAUGGUUGUCGGUUCUUCAUCUCGAUGCUGAGUGCCACACGAAGAUUAACAGUGGAAUCACUACUCCAUUACUGGACAUCUCCAAUGGAGUCUGAGGAAAUCUUCAAUACGGGUGAUAAAUAGCCAAAAACACAAUCAUACAAUAUAUAAACUUCUCAAUAGAAAGCCCACCAUGCUCCUGAAAUUCUGAUGCAUUACUCAUCGUAUCGGAAUGUGAUCUGGCCAAAAUCACCUCCAUCAUUCAGGAAAGCUUGUAUGGACAGCUUGACUCAUAUGUCAGUCACGUUGCGCUUUCACAUGGGUAGCAUUCCCCAGGAGUCUAGGUAGUUUAGUCACUAACUUUAUUUUAACAGAAUUACGAAGCAAUAGCACCACAUGUCAUAGAACUAGAAAUCAGAACUUUGAUGUGAAAUAGCUUUUGUGCUAAUGCUAACUGCAAAGUCUGUACAAAUUUUGACUUGCGCUCACAUCUUGAUGCAAAAUAAUGGGUGUUUACCAACAAGGUGGUAGUACUUCUAAUGUAGAAGUACAUAUUCAUUUAUUGGCUAUUGUCCACAUUGUAUUAUCCCUAUCACCAUUGUCAUCCCCACAAGUCCACUUUGUACUUUGGCUGUGAGUGAAAUGUGUACCGACCGUGUCUGAAUUUCAACUUUUCAUGUACUGAGCACUCUAGAACCUCUCAUUUGCUCACCACUCUCUU